GCACAUUUUCCCCACCUCCCCAGGGACCAGGUGCACCCCAGCACUGCGUCCCCUGCGCUCUCUCCUCCCUAGCGGUGACUGGAUGCCCCCCGCCCACACCCCUCCUCUGAUGGGCGCGUCCCCCACACCCCUCGGUGUAGAAGCAGAAGUCUGCCGGGAAGGGACUGACCAGCCUUAGUUUUGAAUUUAUAGGUCGGGGCGAAAAUGUAAACUGUAAAAGUUCAGAGGAGUUUAAGGUAUAACACUGUUCUGAAAGUGAGACGCUAGAGCAUUAUGUAUGAAAGUUAAAAGGAUUUUCCAACAGAAAGAGAUGGUCAUUGUCCCCUGCCUGCGACUCACAAAACAAAUACUCGUGGAGCCAGAAGGAAUUACAGAAAGGAAACUGAGGACAUUGGGAGAGGGGGUACAGAGGGACUAAAAGUUGGUCCUCUGAACCGCUUAGCACAGGACGUGUAAGCCCCUUCCUCCCCCAGUCUCCAAUUAAAAGUUCAGAAAAUCGAGGUCCAGGGUGGGUGGCUUGUCCACAAUCACACAACUGAGAUUCUUGGCAGAGUCAGGUCUAGUAGCCCAGAACUCCAGUUCCUAGGUGUCAUCUCUAAGUAAUAAAGCACAUAAAUAAUCUUUUACAAAUAUCCUUUGUGAGCUAAGCAAUUCAGCGGGAUCAGUAUUGGCAUGCUCAAUCUUCAAUUAUUCUUUUUCAGGUGCUUACCAGCCUGCAUUCCCAGACCAAAGCAGUGCAGCUGGGGAAGGGCUGCUGGAAGCCUGAGGACUUGAACUCUAAACCCUGAGUCAUUCGAGUUCAGAGACAGCCUCAUCAUGUGUGGGGGACUAAUUGAGAGGUAUGUGGCUGCCAUGGUGCUGAGUGCAACUGGAGAUGCCUUGGGAUACUUCAACGGGAAGUGGGAGUUCCUCCGCAGUGGGGAGAAGAUUCACCAGCAGCUGGCCCAGCUUGGUGGCUUGGAUGCCAUAGAUGUGGAGAGGUGGAGGGUCAGUGAUGACACGGUGAUGCACCUGGCUACAGCAGAAGCUCUUGUGGAAGCUGGAAAAGUCUCAGAGUUUGAUCGACUGUAUUCCCUUCUUGCUAAGCAUUACCAAGACUGCAUGGAAGACAUGGAUGGCCGGGCACCAGGUGGUACUUCGGUGCAGAAUGCCAUGCAGCUGAAGCCAGACCAAGCCAAUGGCUGGAGGAUUCCCUUUAACAAUCAUGAGGGAGGCUGCGGGGCUGCCAUGCGAGCCAUGUGCAUUGGUCUUAGGUUCCCUCACCUCAGCCAGUUGGACACACUGAUCCAGGUGAGCAUCGAGAGUGGCCGAAUGACCCACCACCAUCCCACUGGCUACCUGGGAGCCCUUGUGUCUGCUCUUUUUACAGCCUAUGCUGUGAAUGGCAAGCCUCCCCAGCAAUGGGGAAAAGGACUGAUGGAGGUGCUACCAGAAGCUAAAAAGUACAUUGUCCAAUCAGGCUACUUUGUGGAGCAGAAUCUUCAACACUGGUCCUAUUUCCAAGACCAAUGGGAAAAGUACCUAAAAUUCAGAGGGAUUUUGGAUGGCAAAUCCACCCCUACCUUCCCCAAGCCUUAUGAUGUGAAGGAGAGGGAUCAGUUCUACACCUCGGUGAGCUACUCUGGCUGGGGCGGCAGCAGUGGACACGAUGCCCCCAUGAUUGCCUACGAUGCCGUCCUGGCUGCGGGAGAUUCCUGGAAGGAACUUGCCCACCGAGCCUUUUUCCAUGGUGGAGACAGUGAUUCCACGGCUGCCAUUGCUGGCUGCUGGUGGGGAGUUAUGUAUGGUUUUACAGGAGUAAGUCCCUCCAACUAUGAAAAACUAGAAUACAGAAAACGGCUGGAAGAAAUAGCUAGGGCUUUACAUUCUCUUGGGUCAAAGGAAGAUACUGUGCUUGCCCUUUAGGGAAAUAAGAUGUUCGUUUCUGGUGGUUUCUUUUCUGUAUUGUUCCUUUGCCGCUCAGUUUCUUUUCAUUUUUUCCAAAGUCAAGAGUCUUUGUUUUUUUUUUCAAUUUAUUCAUAAAUUUUUUCUUUAUGAACUAAUGACUUUCAUAAAAUCUACUUAGCAAAACAUGUUACUUGUUUUUUGCAAACAAAAGAUAGUUUUUAUUUUUUAUUUUAUUUUACUUUUUAUCAUUU